UAGGACAGUUGUUUUUAAAUUAAUAUAUUUUCAUAAAACAUUCUGUACUAAAAACUGACUUGGCUUUUAUUUUUUUAAAUAUAUAUAUAUAGUCUAAGCAGCCAGGCUCUGUGAAGAAACAGAAGAUCCAUUUCAGCCAGGAUUAUACCAGAGGCUUUGGGAAGCUAUGAAUCGUCUUUGUGCUUUUCUCCUGGUCUCCUGUUUCAUCCUUGGCCUUUUAUCUUUAAUAGCUACUCAGUCACUUUGAAAAGCAGGCAUAUGGAGCCCACAGCCAGCAGAGCAGACACCAAUGAAGAUGACAAAGAGUCGGUCCUCGGUUUUACGUCUCAUCCGAAGGACAGACUACAGGGUUACCCAGAGAUAGCCGGGAGAAGCGCAGCAUGCCGAACUGGAGUGGCUCUGCCUCGGAUUUCUUUGCCUGGGUGGAGCAGCUUCGCUCCCAUGCAGGAUAUGCGAAGAUGGAUGAACUGGCCAGAACCUUCUGGGCUCAUUUCCCUUCUGCCUCCAGACUGGGCUAUGAGGUCCCAGAGCCUGAGGAGUGAAUAGAGAGACAGCAACAGAGAGAUGUGAAAACAUAUGGUCACCAGCUGCACAAGUCAACAUCUGCCUGCAGCUCCCUACUGUAUAUGGACUCUUUAUAUAAGAUGAAAGAUUGCUACAAGUUUCACGUCCUAUUGUAUGUAUUCAAAUUGCAGGAAUGAAAUGUACAUUACUGCUGUGUUAAAAGUGCGUUAAUGAAAGUUUAGUUUAGACCACUCACAGAGCUUGCCAAUAUACAAUAAACUUUACAACAGAACAAA